AUGCACUGCCAGCAAAACUCGCACGCCAACCCCCUGGCCUGUGACUGUCACCUCUUCCAGCUGGUGUUCCGCGGCCACCGCCGCCGCCUGAGCGCCGUGAUGGAUUUCCAGGAGGAAUUAAGCUGCGUGCUUCCCACCCUCCCGGCUCCCAUCGGGAUCCUGAGCCUGGCCGGCCGGCAGCCCCUCAUCUGCAGCGAGGCGAGGGAAACGGUGCUGGAAGGCCACUUGGGUGACAUGGUGACCCUGAGCUGUGACACUCGGUUACAAGGGGUGCAGAGCUGGUACUGGGUGACCCCGGGAGGUGAGAAGGUGCCGGAGGAAAGCGGAAAUGGCAGCACCCUGCUCCUGGAUAACGGGAGCCUGCAGCUGCGAGCCCUGCACCCCGAAGAUGCUGUCACCUACUCCUGGUGGGUGGGGGGUCCUGUCCUCAACGAGACCCUCUACAUGGAGCUGCUGGUGCACAACUUCACCCUGCACAGUCCCCACGACACCCUCAACACCACCUACACCACGCUGGUGGGCUGCAUCCUGAGCGUGGUCCUGGUCUUCAUCUACCUGUACCUCACCCCCUGCCGCUGCUGCUGCUGCCGCGGCCCUGAGAAGCCCCUGCCCCCCCCCCCCCGCGAUGACAGCAUCAACUCCUCCGUCCUCAGUGCCACACCCAACCACGCCACCGCUGUCCCCGGGGAGCCCUGUCGGUCCCGCUCGGCCUCCAUCACCAACCCGGGGCAGAACGGGAGGCACAUGCCUGUAUCUGACCAUAGACAACCUACACCGGAUUCUGACAUUUCCGGAAAUAUUGACUGA